GGGUGGGAAGGAGGGGCUGGGCUCCGAGCGCCCGCCCCUCCAUCUAUCACAUGGCCGGAGAGCCACAAAAACAACAGCUUUGGCCAAGACGGUGACUUCAGGAAAGGGAACCCAGGGCUCUCGCAGCCAGCCCCCACCCCAUGGAGGAGAGUUUUCUUGAAUCCUUUGGGAGGCUGAGCCUCCAGCAGCAGCAGCAGAAACCUCGGCCGCCGGCCCCGCCACCCCCGCGUGGGACACCUCCGCGCCGCCACAGCUUUAGGAAACACCUCUACCUCCUGCGAGGCCUCCCGGGCUCGGGGAAAACUACACUGGCCAGACAAUUGCAACACGACUUUCCCAGGGCCCUGAUUUUCAGCACGGAUGACUAUUUCUUCAGGGAAGACGGUGCCUAUGAGUUCAAUCCCGACUUCCUGGAGGAAGCACAUGAGUGGAACCAGAAAAGAGCCAGAAAAGCAAUGAGGAAUGGCAUAUCCCCCAUUAUUAUUGAUAAUACCAACCUCCACGCCUGGGAAAUGAAGCCCUAUGCAGUCAUGGCACUUGAAAAUAACUAUGAAGUUAUAUUCCGAGAACCUGACACUCGCUGGAAAUUCAACGUUCAAGAGUUAGCAAGGUACUUCUUUGUUUUUCUAGUUCCUCAUUAUGUAUCCUGCUAUUUUCAGGUAUUUCAGACCGAACAAAAGAAUCUUUUCAGGCUGGAAAUGGACAUGGUAGUUUUCAGGCCAGAAAUGAAGAAACAUUCAUGGAGUCCCCAGAGAAAAAAUACACCGAAUGAAGGAGCGGUAUGAACACGGUGUUACCUUUCACAGCGUGCUUCAUGCAGAAAAGCCUGGCAGAAUGAACAGAAACCAGGACAGGAAUAACGCCUCACCUUCCAACGGCGCACGAUACUGGAAUCCGUAUGCUGAGUUUCCCAACCGGAGGGCUCCUGGGGGCUUCACAAAUGAGGGCUCCUUUAACAGAAGAGGUGGCUGUCACCAUGGAUAUUAGAGGCCUAUCUUACCUGCAAUCGAAAUUUUCCUAAAUCAGUUUUUAACUGCAAAUUUUGGUAUUUAUUCUUUGUUUGGUUUUCCUCAGAGCUCUAAUUCCAGUGUAAAUAGUCGGACCUGAAAGUUUUUGAGCAGAAGUCAUUAUACUCAUCUUCAACAAGCAUUUGUUACAGUGAUCCUAUAUGCAUGGUCUGAUGCGGGGAAUUCUGCUGACUUGAUUAAACAAAGUCCCUUUCCCUAGGGAGACCAGAAAUUGGAAACAGAAACCUGAGAACGUACCCAUGCACAUACGCAGUCACCUAAGUUCGAUAUAUAGAAGCUUUAGUACCACUUUCUCUGAAGUAAUCUGCUUUUCCAGGAAAUUCAUCUUCAUCAGGAAAGUUGGAAAGGUGGGGGAGAAGUGGGAGGCAGGAAAAAUAUUAGUGCCAUUGCUACUUUGAUAAUCUAUGUAUCCCAAAAUGUGAGAUGUGUGGCUGUCAUGAUGAUACUGAUUUUCCCUUAAAAUGCACAUGCCAGAGAGCAUACAUCUAAGGGAAUAUUGUCCUUCAAAGUAGAUACUUGGGGAAAUUAUUCCUUUAUUCUAGUGAUGUGUCAUUGUUAAAAAUAUUGGAUCCUUCUUUUAAAAUUUUUUUUUAGAGACAGAGAGUGAGAGAGCCAGGGAAGGGCAGAGGGA